CUAAAAGGCGGGCCCACGUGGUGACUGGUGAUGGAUUCAAGUUUUAGGAGUCAAUCUUCACAAAGAAGACAUUCACAGCGUCCUCCUCUAUCAUUAGCAGAGGUGAAAAGGCAGCUUGAUGCAGCUGCAAAUGAGAAGUGGGACAUUAUCAAACCAAUAAGGACAAUAUUGAAAAAUUUAAAAGAGGGGAAUGAUGAUAUAUUAAAGGAAAUAUUUGUAUUCUCAAUUAAUCAGCUAAACGGCGACGAAUUAAUCAAUUCUAAAGGUAGAGAGUUGAUUGGACUGUUACUACCUGAGGUGGACAAACUACAAGGUAGCAGUCUUAUUGAAUUGUCCCAUUCGUUUAUUGAAGGAAUCAAAGAUGGAACUGUAUCCAAUGGAAGGAGCAUCGAGUUAUUUCCUAAGAUAUUGUCGGCCAUUUUGAAUCAGAAGUCCACUAUAACUGCACAGCAACAAGGAGGUGCCAAUGCUACAAUGAGUGGGCGUGAUUGGAAAUGUCACUUGGUCAAUUCUUUCUUCUCUUGCAAGUGGUCCCCUUCUUGUGUUCUGCAGGUAGUUAAUGUCAGUAGGGAUGCCCCAUUAGAGUCUGAAGAGCUACAGUUCCUCAUUGAGAAGUUGUUAAGAGUAAUGAAGACGUUGCCAGUUCAAGAACUCCCUCCAUUAAUCCACCAGUUAUUAUUGGUAGCUAAGAUUGGACAGUACUCCCUCGUACUAACUGGUAUCAAGGACCUGUUUAACCGGACUGACAAGGAAAACGAUGAAAAUACAGAUCAAAAUGGAGGAGGUGAAAUUGAUUUAAUGGAGGCUGGUACUAGUCAAGCUGAAGUAUUGAGAAGUGAAGGGACUGCUUUGCUUCAUGCUGACUUUGCACUUAAACAGAAUCAGGAACUAUCAAAGGAGUUUUGGAAGCUAUUAAAAGUGUCAUCAUCAUUGUUUUAUCCUUCAAAUUAUACCCCAUUUAUACUGUCCCUGGCUCUCUCUCAGAGCAACAUAAUAGGAUUAGGAGAUACUGUAAUGGACAAUUUAAAGGCAAUCAUUGUGAGGUGCUUUAAAGAGAAGGAGAACAUUACAAACUCUUACUGGAUGCUUGAAUUAUCUGAGCAUAGAGCUGUACCUGAUAUUGAUGAGAUAUUCUUGCGUAUUGUUGAAAACAGUGUUAACGGUUGGGAUCUUGUAAUGCAAGGUUUGAUUAAUCUUUCAUUUUCCAUUUUUGACUCAUUCUCACCAAAGAACAGUGCUGCUUCUUAUCAAAACACUCCACAAAUGAAAGCUUGUAUAUUAGGAGGUAAUAUCCUCAUUAAAGCAUUCAAGUCUCAAUCUUUUGUGAGAUCAGAAGUCCUCACUCAACUGACCAACAGGAUUCUGACCAGUUCAACUGUGUAUGCUGGACAUUACAUCAGUAUAUUAGCAGAAAUGACUCGGUCUUCCCCUCAAGUAUUACUUGACAUAGGGCCUCAGCUCAAGGAAGUAUUCACUUAUAUAAUGUGUAUUCCUUCAUCUUCUGCUAUAUCUUUGAUAAAAGCUAUUCUGCCAUUAGUUCAGUUCCGUGCUUCUUACAGAGAUUCUCUUCUAUUGACUUUAAGGAAGUCAUUAUUCUCCAAGGAGAUAGAGGCCAGAUGUGCUGCAGUUGGCUGCUCACUACUACUGGCAAAAAACUUUAAAGUUCUUGAUUCAGCAGGAAGUCAAGAUGACUUCUCCUAUUCAUCACAAUCACAGACGCUAGUUGAGGUCCAUACAAGCAGUGGGGGAAGGUCAUCAAAUGAAUCAAUAUGUCUAGAGAUACUCAGUAUGUUAAGACGUAGCUUUACUCAUCAAGAACCUGUCAGACUGACUUUAUAUGAGUCAUUGUCAAGCACAUUCAGUUCUAAUGCAAAGCUCUCAGGACACAUACUGGACCUCCUCCUGGAUCACUUCACUAAGUAUUAUUAUGAAGAUGAUGAAGAUCUACUCCCACCACUCAAACUCUCCUCCUGUGUGGCAAGGAAUGAGAGCAGUGACUCUUACAUCAAAAGGGAGCCAUUGUCAGACUUAUUGAACUGCUUGCAGCUCUGUACUAAACAGUCCAUUGAAUGGGAGGAGAAGGGGGUGGAGCAAGUCAGUCAUCUCGAGAGAUUAAAGAAAAUCUUGCGAUCAAUCUCAAGACGUCUCUCCACAUGUGAUCUUGAUGAUUUUGAACUAGAUAAAUCGGGAGAUUACCUAAUGACUACUAGUGUUGGCUCCAAGAAUCAUUUAACAGCUGCUCUGCUACUAGAAAUAUAUGAGGUAGCACUGGAUUAUACUUUUAGUAUUGAAGGAGUCAGUGAUGCUUCCUGUAACCUGUUGCUCGAUUUAUUUGUCAAGUACCAGUCGGUCCUUGAUGUACUGACAGAGAAAGGUGGUUCUGCUGGUAAGAAGAACCUCAUGAGAAGGAGACUGCUAUCAUCAUCAACCACCUUACUGUUCUUAAAAUCACUCUUCCGAGAUACAUUGCCAGCCCACCAAGCCCCACUCACAUUACUGAGGGAAUCAACUAAUUUUGUACAAUACAUUCUCAAUGCUACACUCCUCAAUAUUAAAAUGUCACCCAAUGAAGCCACCCCAUGGUGUUGGGGCACAAGACAUGACAAUAGCUCAAUCAAGAACUAUCAGUUUCUGGUUUCCAUUGCAAAAAUCCUGUAUAGUCAGUUGGAGUGUCCCUCAAUACAGCAACAAGCUGGAAAGAAAAAGGACAAAGGUAAAAGUAUUGCUUCUCUCUGCCUGGAGUGUUUCUCCGAAAUAUGUCACGUGAUUAUCACAUGUUACAAGGACAACCUCAUCUCCUUUGCAAGAGAAAUAACCAGAGGAGGAGGAGGAGGAGCUAAUGAAGGAGACGACACUAACGAUGAUGAGCAGCUGCAUAUUGUCAUACGCCAUAUUCAGCAACUGGUAGCAUCUGUCAUUGUGUCUGGUGGUAGAGGUACAGGAUCUAGUAGAGGAGUUUAUGUUGUCAAAGAUGUAGUUUUUAUGGUGUCAGUUAUAUCUUCAUUGACUGAUCAUUUAGAUAGGAAAUCAUCUCAAUGUUUACAAGUUUUCGAAUGGUUAGAUGAUUUAUGUCGUCAGAACAAUAUAGAUGAUCAGACUGUCACUAAAAGCCUUUUCUCAUUUCUCCUUUCUCUUCAGCACAGAAUCAAUAAAAGCAUCAAAAACCUUUGUAAGAUAGCACCAGAUAUACACUUCAUCACUGGAGAUAUUGAAGAGGAUGUUGAGUUAUCAGGGACUAGGGUUUACAUGAUAAUCAACACUGAGAAUGUUCGUGGUCCUAUCCUGACUUCAUUCCAGAAUCACCUUGAUUUCAUACUGGUUAAUUGUGAGAAUAUACUGAAUGUCCUUAAACUGGAGCUUAAGAAUGAUGUCUCAGACUCCAUUGGUACAAUAGAGGAUAUAUUGGGUCAGUUUUGUGACAGACUCCACAGGUUGGCAAUAGUCUUUACUGAGCUAUCUCAGUCAGCCAUUCCUCCUGGCCCUCCCUCAGAUACACUAGUUAAGAAUCUUGUCAAGUUCUAUUCUCUUUUAUCAGAGACUGUCAAACAACAAGCAGUGUUGUAUGGAAAGACAGCCACUUUGCAUCCAAAGUUUGUGAAAGCAGCUGAAGCCAUUGGAGCCUCAUUGACACUAAGCCAGAAGAUAUACUUGUUCCUUAUCUACUGGCAGAGGAAACAGCAAGAGAACAUGGAGCUAGUUCAGGGCAAGAAAGGAAAAGGGAAAGGAAAGGCCGUGGUUGGAAUGGCUCAAGUUAAGAGAGAGAAGAGAAGCAUACCAAAGCUGAUUUAUUGGAUUGAGGACUACGAGAAACAGCUGAUACAACUGGGGAAGAAAUCUAAAUACAAGCUAAUGGAUUCGUACAAGAGAAGUGUCUCUAGAGAUUUUCAAAUUAAAGACUCAACGCUGAAUGAACUGCUGAACCAACAGGAGGAAGAUAUUGAGGAUGAUGAAGAAGAGAUGGAAGUAGAGGAAAAUGGAGGAGGGGAAGACAGCGAUUGUGGAGGAAGUGCUGCCCCAAAAUCAAAACGGCUGAAGAGAGAGACCUAAUAAUAAUAUUAAUUGUUUAACCAAUGAAUAUCAUUAACUUAUGUAUCACUUUGAAUUGUAUAUUAUACAUUGCAUUUAUAUAUCCAUUUAUUUAUAGGAAUAACAUCACAACAUCUACAGUAA